CUUAAAUCGGAAGGGAGCUGCUUCUCUGUGGUCUUGACAAGCGCUGCCUGGGCUCCGCCGGCUCAGUAAUAACUGAGUGACCUUUUCUUUGGCUGUAUUAUGUCUGGCUGGGAAGGGAUUGUAUUUUGCAGCUGAGAGCCGGGGCUUCCUUCAGCUCGGCUCCUCGCGUGCUGCUGGGGUAAGUUGUUUUGAGCCAGGACGGAGAGAGACAGCCGCGGACUGCAGUUGCCUAAAAGGAGGACACCUGUGGCUCAGAUGCGGUCAACACCAUUACUUGGCGGAUCCUUGAGGACCUCGUUAUUUUAAACUUAAAAAAUAGAGAUUUCCCUCCCCCUCUUUUUUUUUUUUUCAAACAAUGCUUCUUUUUGACCUUUCCCAAGGAGAAGCACUACAAAGCAGCCACUGUGCUUUCUGAACGGCCUCCCCCUGUAUCGCUUAAUUGAGAAGGUAUACAAAUGCUCUCAGUCCAGCCAGACACCAAGCCGAAAGGUUGUGCUGGCUGCAACCGAAAGAUCAAGGACCGGUAUCUUCUAAAGGCCCUGGACAAAUACUGGCAUGAAGACUGCUUGAAGUGUGCCUGCUGUGACUGUCGCUUGGGAGAGGUGGGCUCCACCCUGUACACUAAAGCUAAUCUUAUCCUUUGUCGCAGAGACUACCUGAGGCUCUUUGGUGUAACGGGGAACUGCGCCGCCUGUAGUAAGCUCAUCCCUGCCUUUGAGAUGGUGAUGCGGGCCAAGGACAACGUUUACCACCUGGACUGCUUUGCAUGUCAGCUUUGUAAUCAGAGAUUUUGUGUUGGAGACAAAUUUUUCCUAAAGAAUAACAUGAUCCUUUGCCAGACGGACUACGAAGAAGGUUUAAUGAAAGAAGGUUAUGCACCCCAGGUUCGCUGAUCUAUCAACAUCACCCCAUUAAGAAUACAAAGCACUACAUUCUUUUAUCUUUUUUGCUCCACAUGUAUAUAAGAAUUGACACAGGAACCUACUGAAUAGCGUAGAUAUAGGAAAGCAGGAUGGUUAUAUGGAAUAAAAGGCGGACUGCACCUGUAUGUAGUGAAAUUGCCCCAGUUCAGAGUUGAAUGUUUAUUAUUAAAGAAAAAAGUACUGUACAUAUUGCUGGAUUUUUUUGCUUGCUAUUCGUUUUUGUGUCACUUGGCAUGAGAUGUUUAUUUUCGACUAUUGUAUAUAAUGUAUUGUAAUAUUUGAAGCACAAAUGUAAUACAGUUUUAUUGUGUUACCAUUUGUGUUCUGUUUGCUUCUUUGUAUGGUUGCAUUCAGUACAAUCAGUGUUUAAACUUACUGUAUAUUCAUGCUUUCUGUAUCUACCAGCUAUUUUAAAUGAGCUGUAACUUUCUAGUAAAGGAUUGAAGAGCAAAUUUCACUGAUGAUACACAUAUAAAGCAAGUCUAUCAACAUUAAAAUACUUAAAAAAAAAAAAAGAAGAAAUGAAGACACACACAAGGCAUUUUAGCAACAUCCACUAUUCCACUAUCAUUACCAUGAUGAUUUAGAGUCUAUCAGUGUUGUCAUUAUAACCCCCGAUUUUCAGGGGGUUAAAGAUCAGCUUUAAAAAAUGCAUAAGAAUUUCAUCUUAAAGCACUUUCAUUUUAUACCAACAUGAAAAGUGCCAUUUUUAGAAUAACUUUAAAGCUUAGCAGUUAUCCUUUUGAUGUCCUUUUUGUGUGUGUGUG